AUAUAUAUUAGAGAGAGAGAGAGAGAGAGAGAGAGAGAGAGAGAGAGAGAGAGAGAGAGAGAGAGAGAGAGAGAGAGAGAGAGAGAGAGAGAGAGAGAUUUUAUGCACACGAAUUAAUUUAGGUAUGAAGCUGCUUAUUAUAAACAUAUAAAAUCACCCGGCACGCGUCUCUACACCCAAGCAACAUGCCCACAGCUAUAGAAGACUUUUGAAGAUCAAAUAAUGGCAGAGGACCAGAUUACACCAUCACUAAAUGAUUCGUGGGAGCGAAACAAAAUCAACUUGUUCACAGAGGAGGAGGAGUUGGUUGAGUAGUACAAGGAGCAAGUGUUCUGAAUGGCUGAGUGGCUGGUUUAUAAAUUACUGGAUGGUUGGAUUAUAGAUGGCUGAUGACUGAAUUGUUGGAUGGCUGAGUUAUAGAUGACUGAAUGACUGGUUAGCUGAUUUAUAUAGAUGGGUGAAUGAAUGGGUGUUGAGGUUGUAGCUGGUGGUAGGUGGCGUCAACAGGAGUCGGAGCUGACUCCAAUGCGAAAUCUACGAGGCAACACUGCAACACUUGCAGCAAAGAGUGUACGUGAUCACCUGCGUGAUUACUACAAUUCAGAUGCAGGAGCAGUCGCUUGACAAAUGGAAGCAGUCUCAAAAUGAAAGGAUAUGGUGAAGAACGCAACAGCAGUGAACAGCAUGAACGGAGAGGAACGUCACGCGAUAUGCAAUAUAACGCCAGAAUCGCAGGAGGACCCCCCCACCCCCGCCCCCCCAGACUCGGCGCCCCCCACCCCGCCCCCCGCCGGCCACAACGACCUGAUAUACACCGUGGAGGACGUGCCCCCGUGGUACCUGUGCCUCUUCUUCGGCCUCCAGCACUACCUGACCAUGGCGGGGGGCACGGUGGGCAUCCCGAUCAUGGUGGCGUCCUUCUUGUGCAUGGCUGAGGAUGACCCGGCCCGCAGCGCCCUCGUGUCCACUGUGCUCUUCCACUCCGGCCUCGUCACCCUUCUGCAGACCACCUUCGGCAUACGGUUGCCCGUCGUUCAAGGGGGGGACUUCGCCUAUGUAGUGCCCACGAUCACGCUUCUCACGUCCAUCCAUCCACCGUGCGCCGCCCUGCCCUUGGCCAACAUGACGGCGGCGGCGCGGGAGGAGGAGUGGCUGGGCCGGAUCAGGGACGUCCAGGGAGCCAUCGCGGUUGCCUCAGUGUUUCAGAUCGUCCUUGGCUUCUCAGGCUUGGUUGGGGUUCUGCUCCGUUUCAUCACGCCCCUGGCCAUCGCUCCCACUGUGGCGCUGGUCGGCCUCUCCCUCUUCGACGUCGCCGCCAGCAAGGCCUCCUCACACUGGGGCAUCUCUUUCAUGACGAUGGCUUUCAUGAUCCUGUUCUCGCAGUACCUGAGCCGCGUCGAGGUGCCCGUGCCUGUGGUGGCGAGGGGGGGCCGCGGCCUCUCCUUCGGUAGGGCGAGGUUCUUCAAGUGCUUUCCGGUUCUGGGUGCCGUACUCCUGUCCUGGGGCGUGUGUGGCGUGCUGACAGCCUUGGAAUUCUUCCCCCCAGGCUCCCCCGCGCGCACUGACGCCGCGGGUGACAUCAUCAGGAAUACCCCGUGGAUCUUCGUGCCUUACCCAGGGCAGUGGGGGUGGCCGAGCGUGACGGCGGCGGGCGUGGUGGGCAUGCUGGGCGGCGCCGUGGCCUCAAUGACGGAGAGCAUCGGCGACUACUACGCCUGUGCACAGAUGGCAGGUGCCCCCCCGCCCCCGAGGAGUGCCAUCAACCGGGGCAUCGCCGUGGAGGGCCUGGGGUGCCUCCUGGCGGGGCUGCUGGGGACGGGAAAUGGCACCACCUCCUGCAGCCAGAAUAUUGGGGUCAUCAGUGUUACCAAGGUCGGCAGUCGUCGGGUGGUCCAGUUCAGCGCUCUCAUCCUCAUCGCGUCGGGGGUCUUCGGUAAGUGCGGGGCCUUCUUCGUUACCAUACCGGAGCCCGUGGUGGCCGGAGUCUUCAUCAUCAUGUUCGCGAUGAUCUCCGCCGUGGGUCUCUCGGCACUGCAGGACGUCGAUCUCGCCUCCUCCAGGAACAUCUUCAUCCUCGGGUACUCUCUCUUCCUCGGCCUCCUCCUCCCGAAGUGGCUCGCGCAGCAUCCCGAGGCCCUCCGUACAGGCUCCGAGGCCGUGGAUCAAAUGCUUCGGGUGCUGCUGCAGACGCCGAUGGUGGUGGGGGGCGUGACGGGCGGCCUGCUGGACAACACUAUCCCGGGCACGGCAGAGGAGCGUGGCCUGACGAAGCGGAACAAGCACUUGCAGAGGGGGAAGGAGGAAGCUAUGCAGGCGCUCCGAAGUCCUACGAGUGUGUGCUACGACCUGCCCUGGAUCACACCCUACAUGAGGAGAGUCUCGUGGAUGCGGUUCCUUCCGUUCUCCCCGACGUUCGACGAGGCGGGACACUCUAGCUGCAUGUCGUCCCGUUGUAAAGAUGAAGAGGAGCAAGACCAAGACCAAGACGACCGCUGCUUCAAAACCAGUGCCGUUACAAAGGCGAAACUCCCGACCGACUACCGAGGCGAAAAAGUGAUGUAAUAAACGAGAAGAGGAAAGGAAGGAAAUAAUACAUGGUGGUUUGUCUUUGUUUAAUCCUUUUUACACAAGAUGGCGCUUUAAAUCUGUGAGGAAGAGGAGGAAGAGGAGGAGCAUGGCCAAGACAAACAAGCUCUUUCCGUCACCUCAACCCAACGAAAUACCAAAAAAACACAAAAAAAACAACAA